AUGCGUUUUUCAUUCGUUUUACUAUCUAUCUCUUUGACUUUGAUCAAUGCUGAUCCGACACCGCCAAUAUGGCCAAACUAUUUUACAUAUCAAUGGACAAUGGCACAUGUUUAUGAUGAUAUUCAAUUGCCUCCCUAUAAUACAAUUCCACUCGUAAAUACAACUAUAGGUCGCGGACGAACUUAUUAUGAUUGGUCACUUCCAGCAAUGGUUGAAUAUUAUCAUGAUAUUUGUAUUCCAAUCUUUGAAGCAACAAGUAAUAAUUUUACAUGUAACUUUCUAAAUGUUAAUGGAGUAGCUUAUCUUGUUGUUACUGAUCCUCGAGCAACUGGUCGACCCCCAUGUUGUAUUUAUCAAAAACCAUGGAAUCCACCAGCACCAAACUUUUUACAAACUGCUGCUGGAGUGAAAUACAAUGGUACAGGUGUACUUUAUACGAGACCUGUCUAUUGGUGGGUUCUUGAUGAUCCAACAGAUCCAGCUGGCCCAUUUGGUUAUUCAUUUUUUGAAGAUACAUGUCGAUCGUCAUCGACAAAUAUGAUGUGUACACCAUCGCAAUUCUUUUUCCGAGCUACAACUGGUUUUGCAAGUCAAUUUUUUGAUGACUAUAAAGUUGAAAAACCAGAUCCAAGUGUUUUCGCUAUUCCAGAUUCGUGUAAUACCGCUCAAGAAUGUGAUGUUUAG